CGUCUAUGCAGUCAAAACGUGUGCUGUGUUUCGCGUGAAACGAUUCAUUGAAAUCUCAGUUUAACGUUCGUAAAUAUUCAUCGAUUGAAUAUGUGAAAACAAAUAGUGCAACAUUUUUCUGAGAAAUUUGCUUUUCUGGUAAAAAUCAAAGUUUGAUGAAUUGAUGAAAAAAAUAAAUUUCGCGGUGAAAUUUCGAAUACGAUAAAAGUUUUUUUUUGUGCCAUUUAAAAUAUCUUGGAUUAUUUUGAGCAUAACACAAAUUUUUGCCGCUUUGGAACGAGAAAGAUACAAUUCGUGUUGCAAGUGAGUGUGAAAAUUUGAUGCAAACCAAGUCUUUUGACAGUGAAAUUCAAUUGGUUAUCAAAUGCAUGUGUACUGAAUAAAGAGAAUCACGCUCAAAGUGGAAAAAGAAUGUGAAGUUCGGAAACGGAUAUUAAAAUGGCUCAAUUAAUUUAGAAAACAAGUGAAAUGGGCGUAUAAAAGUGUCAAAAUAAACAAUUGAACUGAAACAAAAAUCACAAAACCAAGCAAAAUACGAUUUAAAGUUCAACAAAAAGCAAUUACGAGAAAUCGAUGUAAAUGGAGGUCCUGUGCUCGUAUGGAUAAUGAUGUUUGUUGUCUGUUAAUCGCGAAUAAAUAUUGUGUGUGUUUUUUUAAAUGGCUGAAUGCGUGAUCGAAAGUCAUAUAAAAACCCGUCGUGCAUAUAUACGUGACGAAUUGAAAAAUGUCAAUAACAAGAAAAUUGCAGAGAGGAAUAAAAAUUCAACAGGUCAUGAAUCAAACAUGAAAUAUGAUAAAAACCAUGCAAAUUGAAUUUGUGUCUCUGUGUGGCAAAUAGAAAAAAAAGCGAAGCGAAGAAGAAGAAGAAGAAUAGUACGAGAUUCAUCAAAUCAGUAUAUAAAUGAAUAAUUGAUUUGUGCGCAAAUUAAAUGUUGAAAUGCAAAAUCAGAUGACUGAACUAAUGAUAGAAUGAGGGGGAUAAGAUCAUGGAUGGCUGCACGAAAUGCUUUUGUGCAUUUUCAACGGUAGCUUACAAUCACACAAUUCUCCAAUUAGUUGCACCGUGAAUGUAUUAAGGUUGAACCAUAACGAAGAAAUAAUCGGCUUCGUUUGCAUUGCAUGCCUUAAACAUAUCAAUCAGUGAGUGAAAUUAGUGUAUAAUCAAUAGUGUUCAUGUGCUAUAUUCACUCGCUUCCCCCCGCCCCCUUCAAUAGGAAACAUAAUACAAACACAUCGAGAAAAUAUUCAGUGUGAGAUGCAAUUGAGAAUGUCAUUUAUACAUUCAAUGCAUCUAGACCAUUCAGAAUCAUUCAAUCACACAAAUUAUAAACGAAGCGUACAAAUGUGGUACAACAUUGAAUGAAAAACAGUGUGUGAAAGUGGUGGUGCAAGAAUAAAUCAAGUGAUCAAAUUGAAUUUUUUUUAAUCACUUAAGCAUGUGGAUUGGCCACUGUCUUAGCUGUCGAUAAAACUGCAGCCGCCGUAAAGUUUUCACCGGCCAUAAAUCACAUUUUAAACCAACGACACAGAGAAACGGAAACAGGUUACAACCCGGAAAUAGAGCGCACAUUUAAUACGAAUAACACAUCGAUAUGGAUACGUUCACUUCAUUGAUUGUCAUCGCUUUAUUUAGCUUUGUCACACAAAUCACAUUGACUAUGGCAAACGGAUAUAAAAUGGAUGCUACGACACAGCGUGCAUUCGAAAAUACAGGCUCUCACAUAAAAUGUGAUGUUUCAACACGUUUACCCAACGAUCAAGUGCUAUUGGUCGUUUGGUAUAAAAACAAUCUUCCAAUAUACAGCUAUGAUACACGCACAUCGUCGGUGCCAUCGCAUUGGUCUGAUCCAAAUAUAAUGGGUAACCGAACAAUUUUUCGAAUUGCUCGACGAGAGCCAGCGGAAUUAAUAAUAAAACAAGUUAAGGCUGAAGACACGGGAGAAUUUCGAUGUAGAGUAGAUUUUAAAUUAUCACCCACAAGGAACAGCGUUGUGAAUUUAGAAGUUGUAGUGCCACCACAAAAGCCAAAAAUUAUGAACGAUCGUGGUGAGAUAAUUCAAUCAAUUGCUGGUCCCUAUGAUGAAGGAACCGACUGUAUAUUAUUGUGUGAAGUGCGCGGUGGUUCACCGCCACCCACAAUUAAAUGGUUGUGGAAUGGGAAGCAACUCGAUAGUACGAUGUUGGAUUUUUCCUUUACAAAUGCACAAACAAGUAAAAUAGUCAUCAAAAAUUUGUCACGCAUCCAUCAGCGUUCGGUCAUAACAUGUCGAGCGAGCAAUUUUCCAAAGACCGAAAUAACAGCAAAUAUAACCAUUGAUUUGUUAUUGCGACCAUUGACAGUGGAUAUUUUGUUAAAUAACCAACCAUUGUCAGCCGAUCGAAAGUAUGAAAUAGAAUGCCAAGCAAUCGGUUCAAAACCAUCGGCGAAAAUUACUUGGUCGAUGAAUGGCAUUCAAUUGCGCAGCUACAGCGAAAAGGCAUCGGAUAAUGGAAAUGUGAGCAUAUCGAUAUUAAGCUUCACACCAACACGUGAGGAUAAUGGCAAAGUGCUCAUUUGCCGUGCCGUAAACGAAGUGAUGAAACACAACAUUAAAGAAACCACAUUGAAACUCAAUAUUUAUUUUGUGCCCAUAAUUCGGUUAUCGCUUGGCUCAAAUUUGAAUCCCGAUGAUAUCGAAGAAGGCGAUGACGUCUACUGGGAAUGCAAAGUUCAUGCCAAUCCUCCUGCAUACAAAGUGGUGUGGAAACAUAAUAAUCAAAUCGUACAACACAAUCCAAAGGUUGGUGUGAUAGCAAGCAGCAGUGAUUUGGCGUUACAGAGUGUGCAGGUUCAUCAAGCUGGAAAUUAUUCGUGCAUUGCCAGCAACGUUGAAGGGGAUGGUGAAAGUAAUACGCUUGAGCUGAAUGUGAUGUUUCGGCCACUGUGUCGAAAUGAUCAGAAGCGAAUAUACGGUGUGGCUCGCAAUGAAAUGGCACAAAUUUUGUGUGAAGUAGACGCAUAUCCGGCACCAACAUCCUUUAAAUGGUCAUUCAACAAUACAGCGGAAACCAUUGAUAUGCCGCAAAAUGGAUUUGAGAAGCAUUCAAGAACCUCUUCACGUUUAUCAUAUACACCCGUUAAGGAAAUGGACUAUGGAACAUUGAUGUGCUGGGCCGAUAAUGCUGUUGGCCAACAAAAAGAACCGUGUGUAUUUCACAUCAUUGCUGCCGGAAAGCCGGAUUCACCAUACAAUUGUACAUUGGUGAAUCAAACAUCGGAGGGAUUGGAAGUGGACUGCAAUGAAGGAUUUGACGGUGGUCAGCGACAAUGGUUCCGUAUGGAAAUUAUCGAUCAACAGACUGGCAUUUUAAUAGCGAAUUUAUCGUCAUUUCAACCGGAAUUUGACGUGAGAGGUUUAGAUUCAGAACGUUUACUCAGAAUAUCCGUAAUGGCAAUAAAUGCUCGCGGAGUUAGCGACAGUGUCAUUCUCGAGGCGCAAACAUUGAAAGCUGCCGAAAAACGAAUGGGCCCCAACGCUCAGUUUGAACUAACGCCGGUUCUAUCGAUUGGCAUAUUUAUCGGUGUAUUAACAGCACUUGUGUGCAUUGCUUUUGGUACGGCUCUCGCAUUAAAGCUUCGUACCACCGAACAGUUACGACGACGCCGGCUACAUCAACCAAACGAUUCACAAUUUGAUAAACCGUUUUCAACACGUCCGGGAAAUUUACCAAUUAAAGAUAAAAUUUCAUUACCGCUUGGUGUUGGUGAUUUAGAUGAUGUUUACGAUGAUAAAAAUCCAGAUGUCGUUCCAUAUAAUGAAGAUCUUGACUGUAAAUUAAAAUCAGCCGUACAGACUCCAGCUGCAAUGCACAAUAAUUUGCACAACAAUGUGCCGGAAAUUCUCGGACGGAGUAACGUUAACAGCUCUCAAAUGUACUAUAAAACUCAAGCUCCAUCUCAAUCUCAAGUGAAUCAAUCGGGUGCCGUCGAUGAAUUGCAUUAUGCUGAGUUGGCUAUAUCGCGAAAUAGUGCGACAGGAAGUGGCAUCUCAUUGAGUAAGCAAACAGCAUCAUCAGCACCCCCACCACCACCACUACCAUCAUCGUCAACAGGGAAUUAUGACAUUAAGUACACAGAUACAAAAAAUACAUUGCCAAAUAAGCCGCCGGCAUACGAUUACUUUAAGGAACCAACCGUAUAUGCUCAAAUCGAUCAUUUUAAAACGAUGCAACACAAAUCACAUGCACCGUCAUCAUCGUCGAUGAUGAUAAACAGUGCAUCAGCAUCGAAUGCAUACCAAUUGCAUCAUCAAAAUGCGACACAAACACAUCAAAGUAAUCAAUAUUACCAGCAACAAGCUCAACCUCAUCCGCAAUUACAGUAUGGCAGCGAUUGUAGUUACAGUAUGCGCAACAAUAGCAACAAUAGCAUGGGAAGUGGCAGCGGUGCAGCAUUAAAUAAUAGCGCUAGCAAUGGAACGCUUAGCAAUAGUAAUACAUUAACAUUUUCAAAUCAAUCGAUUCAAUCGCCAUCGUCAUCGUCGACCGUUUACUAUUCGGGCAAUCAAGCACAGGCGUCACAACAAUCUCAACAUGCGCUCACCACCAAUACGUCAAAACAAUAUUCACGGGAAAUUGUCACCAUACGAACACCAUUACUUUGUUCACAACAAGAAAGUUGUGUUUAAAUGUUCAUUAUUUAAAAAAAAAAGAUAAGUUUGCGUGCAAGCAAAUGAAACGGAAGUCAAAAACUGUCACACACAAUUAGAAAUAUUUACGUAAGUAAAUCGUAUAUCAUCACAAUAAGAAAGAAUGAAAUAAACACACACACACACAUUGAAGUUUUCGAUAACUACCAUAAAAUUAGUCGACUAAUUUCUACAAUCAAUUUACUAUAUCGAUAAUCAAUGUUUACUAUAACGUUAUUCAAUUCACCAAAAUGAAUCAUAGACAACACACAUAGGAGAUGAAAAAUUAAAUACACACUCAACGUUACAUUUAAAGAGAGAUAAUACACACACACACACACACACACACACACACACAAAAUUAAAUGUAAAAAAAGAUGGAAAAUAUAUAAGAAAUAACAUGUUUCAUUCCAUUCAAUGUCAUCCAACAUUUUAAUCAUAGCAAUUUUUUAAACGAGAAAUCAUAAUGUUUUUUUUCCCGAGAAGAAUGAAGCUCAUGGGAGCAAAGAGUGAGAUAACUUUAAACAUAAAAAAAUAAAUAGAUGUUACGAUUGAAAAGCGUAAAUCCUUUCUUUCUCCAAAUGAAUGUGAUGCGACAUUGAGAUACAUGAAGUGUUUUAUUGUGUGGUUUGGAUAAGAUAGUAUCUUAUUUGGUUUUUGAUAUCUAUGUAUUUUUUUGCAUCUAUGUAUAUCUUUGUCAAUUUACACAGCGCUGAUGUCACAAGCUGACUCUGAAUGCAGGUAGCUGACUCCUUGGCAACCUAAUAUCGACCCAUCAAGUGAUUUUGUAUUGAAGCAGUUUGAGGGUGUUAAACUUUGUGUCUGAUGAGACGAUGUUAAGUUGCUAUGGAUGCAUCAACUGCUGACAUCACGGCUGAGCCAAACUUCAAUCACUGUCGGCAUUCAUUGAUGGAGAAAAGUACUGAAAAUUGGCGAAACAAAUUAAAAAAAAUGUUUUGUUGUGCAAACUGUAUACGAUGGCGAGAGCGAUAAAAAUAGAAAGAAAGACGUCAAUUGUGCAAUUAAUUGAAUUUUAAACGAAAAACGUAUCAUAUCUGUUCAAAAUAGUUGCAUUUGUUUUAUUUAGUUAAUAAAGGAGGGGGGGGGGGGUAAAAUCUAUUUUCUGAGCAAAGAAUUUCAAUAAAUAUUUUUUAUUUCGUAAGUCAUUUUGCGGUGGUUAACAUUAUAGAGAUUUUUCGAAGAUCUUUAAUGCACUGUUUUUUCAUCCAAAAUAUAUGUUUUGAUCGAAAUGAUCAAUAAAUUUGCAAACAGACAUCAAUUCAUCACUCAUUAGUUAGUCAAUUUUAUGAAAAUUUUCCUACUCUCUCUGUCCAAAAUAAAUUAUAAAAAUAUACAAAAUCGACUAUCUCGUAGACAUGUGUAUCAACAACAGAAACCAAAAAAAAAGAUGCAACAACAACUCAUUUGUACAUAAAAUGCAAUUAAACAUUAACAAAAUAAUGAUAAUAAAUGUAAGUAAACACAAAACAUCAAUUGAGAAAAAAUCACACCGACAAUGACACAAUGGUAUAAUGUGGAAGACAUUUCAAUAUUUAUUCAAUAAGCGUACCAAAUUGUAAAUUUAUGUGGAAAAGUAAACGAACAGCAACCAAAAAAACAAACACAAUGCCAUUUGAAAUGGAUUGAACUGCAUGCAGUCGAAUGAUAUAUAUACAAAUUUGAUUAUUAUUGUCGUUAUUAUUUUUGUUAAUCAAAAGAAUCAAUUUUACUAUUGAAUGUAUAAAACCGAAUAAAAACAAAC